AUGGGUAUUGAUUCAAAGAAAUUUCAAGCUUUCAUGUGGGGAGUUCUUAAAUUUUCCAUUAAUGCUUGCUCAACAUUUGCACAAAAAUAUCCAUUUGCUUCAGGUGUUUCGUUAUCCUUGCUGGUUUUAUACUUGUUUCUUCCUUCAGUAUUCUAUUUCUUGAUUUACUCUUCAGUAUUUCUUGGUUGCACUGCUGUUUUUAUCCGUUAUUAUUAUCUGAAUUCGCAACAUACCAAAAUCCAACAUGGGGUGGAUGAGAGGAAGGAACACGCGAAAUCUGCGUUUGACGAAGCUGAUGCUGCCAAUAGAGAUGAUAACUCUUCCAUUGAAGCUCGAAGAGUGUUUCAGAGAAAAGUUAACAAGAACGUUGAAGAAUCGGAUGCACAUGCUGUUGAAGAGGAGAUAGACAUGGUUUCCUCCACGCCUUCAAAUGAUGAUUUCAUUGGCAGAACUGCCAUGGUCGAAGAAAAACCGAAAGUAAUCAUGGAGGAGACAGAACGAUGUGCUUUGAAUAGUGGAGAAAGUUCAUCUCACCAUGUGUCCAUCGGUGAGAAAAUUCCAGAAUUUGGUGAGGCAUCAAAUCCUGAUACUGUCUCAUGUAAUGGCUCUAAUGAACAGCCAGCAAAACUUCAUGUUGGUGGUGACGUGGGGUCAGAGAGCUCAAGCUCCGAAGCAGAUGAUGAUGAAGAAGAAGAAUCAGAAAAGGGUGGUGAAAAGGCUGUAGAAUGGACUGAGUAUGAUCAAAAGAAUGUCAUGGAUCUUGGGGAUUCUGAGCUAGAAAGAAAUAAGAGGCUGGAGAGCCUAAUCGCAAGACGUAGAGCAAGAAAGUCGUUCAAAAUGAGUAGUAGUGCUGCUCCAGGUCCAGUGCCUCCUGUUUUGGUUGCAAGAAGCAACACUUUCCAUGCUUCUAAGAGUCCAGAUGAUCGAGUACCUGGUUCAGCCCCUUCCAUUUUGUUACCGACCCAAAAUCCAUUUGACCUUCCGUAUGACCCAUUCGAAGAAAAACCUAAUCUCAUGGCUGACAGUUUCCAGAAAGAAUUUAUGGCUGAACAACUGAAAGAAUUGCUCUUCUGCAGGCAUGAGAGCUUCUCUUUGGGAAAUCCUUUCCCCUUGGAGAACACACAAGAUCAAUAUGGGGCCUCAGGAUAUUCUAGAUCUAAAAUGCAAUUAGACAAGGCAAAUCAUGACCCGCUGGUUGAUCAUUUAUUAUUCCAAGGUGGUGAAACUUUGAGCCGUAAUUUAAGUGCUACUGAUCUUGUGACAGAGGAAGCCCAAUCUUCCAACCAGGUAACUAACAAACGGGAACGGGAUAGAGAAGUUGGAACCAGUAGGAUCGAGCUCAGAGGUAAGAAGAUGGAGCAAUCUCAUGACAAGGACCCAAGUUUAGGUGAUAGAAGUGAUAUUCAAAUGGACACAGAUGCAAUCAAGCACAAGAAAAUUUGCUCAAGCCCAUCUUCAUCUGCAGAAGACAUUUUCAAUGCCAAGACAGCUGAAAAUUCAGAAAGUCUACAGCCAAAAACGUUCAAAUUUCCUGAGGUGUUUCAUAAUCGUGCACCGAACUCUCUACCUCUCCCUUGUCCAGUUCCUAAGGCUAGAGCUGCAGCUGAACCUUCAUAUGAUUCCAGCCCAUCUGUAAUUGACAACACAAGAAUGGAGGAACAUUUUUUUUACAAGCAGAAGGAUCCUUGGCAUACCCCUACCAAUUCCAUAGCUUCUGACAUGCAAGUGGAGGUCUCAGAAAUUGGUUCACCCCCUCUUACAGCAGAUGGAACUGCUUCAUCCAAUGACAGCGAGUCCUUGAUUUACGAUGGGGAUAGUGAGAACGAAAUUACUUCUGGGAGUGAAGAACUGUGGGGAGCUUCACCUCUUGCUCCAAAAGUUCAAGAACAUGAAAAUUCACCUAGACCACUAUACGAGGUAGAGGGGAAGGAUGCUACAGAGGAAGGGUUUUCAAGGGUCAGAAACGAACCUGAGGAUCCAAUUGCACCAUCAAUGUGGUCGUUAUCAUCCUCAAGAGCUGAAAUAUCUCACGAGGAUCAAGCCCAUUCAAUGAACUUUGAUCCAAAAAACUCUAAUUAUGUCAAACUCUUAGUGGGAGAAGAAAGGGAGCAGGGGCCUUCUAAUUCUUUAGAUGUAUUUCCACCUGAACAUUCCCUGGAAAGAAUACGACCGAUGGAGGAUUCAAUGGCACACAAACCUUCUGAAGGGUCCUUUCAGAAGCCGCAGGAAUCAUUGAAUGCUUCUGGGAAUUCUGCUGAAGAGAUGAAUGCGAACUGCGAUGCAGAUGAUAUAGUCACAUACCAUGAUAGGGAAGGUUUGAAAUCAGGUGAAAACAGAUCUGUUGGAGCUGAAAACUCCAUGAGGCAAGAAGUUAUAAGCAAUCUAUCAGAACCAGCUGAGGGAAGCAAUUCAAAAUCUAACAGCAAUAUCAUAAGUGAAUCAUUGAUUAAUCUCGAGAAGUCUAUAGAGGGCGUGGAUGACACGUGCAAUGUAAAUGAUUCAAGGUUCCUCAUAAUUGAUCACUUAGAAGACUUGAAAUCAAAUGAAGACAGAGAUAGUGGAGCUGAAAAAGGCAAGCAAAUAGUUAUAGAUGAUCUAUCACAACCAGCCGUGGAAAGUAAUUCAGAAUCUAGCAAGUAUAUAGAGAAAAAAUCACUGAAUUCUCCUGAGAAGUCAGGAGAGCAGGCCAAAAUCACUUACAAUGUGAAUGACCCACUAGUUAACAUUAAGGAUCCUGCAGAAGACUUCGAAUCUAUUGACCGAGAUUCUGAAAGGCUGACUGAACAUUCAGGCAUUCAGAGCAUUUUAAAGCCAGCCGAUGGUGAAGACAACCCAACAUCAACUCAAUGCAAUAAAGAAGAUCAAAGUACAAUAGAUUUUGGAGUUUCUGGGGUAAGCCAAAGGGUUAAUGACCCCACUACAUCAACCAUACUGCCAGAAUCGAUAGUUGAACAAGUUUCUACCAAUUCAAGUUUAUCCUCAUCUCCAAAGUCUGUUUUAGCAUACAGGAUCCCAGCAGAUAUAGGUUCUUCAUCGGAUUUCAGUCAACUUGUGUCCACUGAUAUGGAGGAAAAUUUACCUCUGACUGCAACUCAAGAUACCAGUCAAUUGGUAAAUGAUUCAAUAGAUCACCCAUCUGUUGAUAGCAAAUCUGAAAAAUCUGAGGUCAGUGCUCCUUCAGUAGCGGAAAGAAUAGGCUUGAUAUUUGAGAAGGGAAUCUAG